AUGGCAAUCAGGCAGAAGCCGGAUAAGUCCCUAAGAAAUUUCAUGACCUGCUUCAACACAGAGAGCCUGCAGAUCCGAGACAAGGAUGAAAAGGUGGUGAUGGCCGCCUUCAUGAACGAGCUCAGGGCGGAGGAGCUCUUCUACAAGCUGGCCGAGAAGCCUCCUGGGGACCUGGAUGAGCUCUUGACUAGGGCGCACGCAGCCGCUAACGCAGAAGAGGCAGCACGCUUGAAGAAGGAGUCGGAUCGGGAGCUCGGCGAUCGGAGGGGACGGGGAAAUCCGCCGAAAAAUAAGGACGUCCCGGCCAAGAAGAACGUUUUCAAUCGACUCUCCAAGGAGAAAACCUCCGCUCAGCCACCGCUUCCGGAAAAGGGGUACACCCCCCUGACUUGGCCAAGAGCCCAGAUCCUGGCAGUUAUGGAGGCAGAGGAUCUGGGGGAACGACCGCCUAAGAUGGGGACACCCUGGAACAAGAGAAAUCAGGACCGGUACUGUGCCUUCCACCGUGAUGUUGGGCAUGAUACGGAGGGGUGCUGGUCCCUGCGGAAGGAGAUCGAGGAUCUGAUCCAGCGCGGCUUCCUUGGACGAUUUGAGCAGCAAGGUCGGCCGGGUCAGGAGCCGAGACGCGUCUGCCGUGGAGACGAGGGCGAGGGCCAUCGUCGCGACCGACCUGAGUGGCGUGACAUUCCCCAGAGCCGCUCUCCCGACCAGGACACUCAGAACUUGACAGGGGUGAUAAACACCAUUGCUGGGGGUCCCAUGGGGGGUGACAGCCAUGCAGCACGGAAGAACAGGUGA